AUUUCGUAUAAUGGAGGAUUGGAUCCACGUGUAGUAUCUGAUCGUUUAUGUAUAUACAUGUUCGAAUUUAAGAGACGCUUUUUAGUUUUCACAGAAAAGCGGGUGCAUCAAUAAUUAAACAUCUGUCUGUGUAAUAAAAAUAAGCAAGAUGUUGAAAACAAAGGUUUUCUUUAGAAAAACAAAGGGAGGAAAAGUGUUUAAGACUGUCCGUGAACACUACCUCAGAGAUGAUAUCCACUGUGGUUCCAAAGCUUGCGAUAAAUGUCUUUAUAGAAAUCGAAAUAUUAUAUUAGACGACGAAGAUUCAGGUGCUAAAAGUUCUAGACUACCAUAUCCUUAUUAUCUUUUAUUGGAUACCAAUAUUAUUUUAAACCAGAUUGACGUUUUAGAAGAAGAUGUUAUUUCCAAUGUAAUAAUUUUGCAAACAGUGUUGGAAGAAGUAAGACAUAAAAGUUCUAAUGUAUAUAAAAAGUUAAAGGAUAUAAUUAGUCACACGCAUAGGAAAUUUUAUGUAUUUGUUAACGAACAUCACAAAAAUACUUAUAUAGAACGUAAUCCUGGUGAAAGCCCAAACGAUCGAAACGAUCGAUCUAUACGAGUCGCGACAGGAUGGUACAAUGAGCAUUUAGCUUCCAACAAUUGUAAUAUUAAGACAGUACUAUUAACAGACGACGCGCGAAACAGAGAAUUAGCAGAAAAGGAAGGGAUCCCUGUUCUUUCAAUGGAGGAUUACGUGGCAUCGUUGGAAAAUGCAGGCUAUUUAGUAGAUAAAUUAUGCAAACUAAGUUAUGGCUCGGAAAACGAAGGCAGGGAAGUUUUCCCUUGUCACCUUGCUCCAACACAACUACACAAUGGUAUAAAAAAGGGGGAACUUAUGCAAGGAAAAUUUUCGGCAUCGAGAGAAAACUUUUUAGAGGGAUACGUAAAUACAGAAGGAAUGGAAAACUCCGUUUUGAUCCAAGGUCGAAGCAACCUUAAUAGAGCUGUUGAUGGCGAUACAGUUGCAAUUGAACUUUUACCAGAAGACCAGUGGUCAUCUCCCAGUGAUAUUAUUCUACAAGAUGAGGGAGAAGCAGACGCGGACGAUAUUUUAGAAACAGAGAAAGUGUUAGAUAAAUUUGUUUCUUCGAACAAAAUGCAAAAAACUCCAACUGGAAGGAUUGUUGGUAUCAUUAGAAGGAACUGGAGGCAGUAUUGUGGAAUAUUGCAGCCUAAUAAUGUUGAAGGGAGUAUAAGUCAUUUGUUCGUCCCAGCCGAACGAAAAAUACCUAAAAUAAGAAUCGAAACCAGACAAUACAAGGUGUUGAGUAAACAAAGAAUUAUCGUUGCUAUUGAUUCGUGGCCGCGAAAUUCUAGGUCUCCUUUGGGUCACUUUGUACGAGCAUUAGGUGAAAUAGGAGAUAAAGCAACUGAAAACGAAGUAAUACUAUUAGAGCACGAUGUCCCGCAUAGUCGAUUUUCUGAUGAUGUUCUUAGCUCACUUCCAAAAAUGCCUUGGAGCAUCACGGAAACUGACUUGGAAGGUCGAGAGGACCUUAGACAUUUAGAUAUAUGUUCAGUGGAUCCGCCAGGGUGCACAGAUAUCGAUGAUGCGCUUCAUUGUAUAGAAUUGCCGAAUGGUAAUCUCGAAGUAGGUGUACAUAUCGCGGACGUAACACAUUUUAUUAGACCUGGUACAGCAUUAGAUAAAGAAGCAGCUCUACGAGCUACGACUGUAUAUUUGGUUGAUACAAGGAUUCAAAUGAUUCCAGAAUUGCUCAGCACGAAUCUCUGUUCCUUAAGAGGAAACGAAGAACGAUUAGCGUUUUCCUGUAUAUGGGAAAUGGACAAGGAUACAAAUAUAAUUAAUACGAGAUAUUGUAAAUCUGUAAUUCGUUCGCGAGCAGCUAUGACUUACGACGAAGCUCAGCUAAAAAUUGAUGAUUCCACUCAACAAGAUUCAAUCGCAAAAUCGUUAAGAAACCUUAAUAAUUUAGCAAAACUAUUAAAGAAGAAACGUUUAGAAAACGGCGCGUUAGUGUUAGCAUCUCCAGAAAUCCGUUUUCAAGUUGACGAUGAAACACACGAUCCCAUCGAUGUGGAAGCGAAAAAAAUUAAAGACACUAAUUCCAUGAUCGAAGAAUUUAUGCUGCUAGCAAAUAUUUCGGUUGCUAAAAAGAUCGUGGAGGAAUUUCCAGAAUGCGCAGUGUUAAGAAGACAUCCUGAGCCACCGCCUGCUAAUUUUGAGCCUCUUAUAAAGGCUGGAAAAAAUCAAGGUUUCACUAUAAACAUUAAUAGCGGCAAAGAAUUGGCAGAAUCUUUAGACAGGUGUUACAAAAAGGACAAUCCUUACUUCAAUACUAUGCUAAGAAUACUUGCCACACGGUGUAUGAUGCAGGCUGUAUACUUCGUUAGCGGUAUGCACCAACAAAGCGAAUACUUCCAUUACGGUUUAGCAUGUCCAAUCUAUACCCAUUUCACCUCGCCUAUCCGGAGAUACGCCGAUGUAAUGGUUCAUCGUUUAUUGGCAGUUUGCAUAGGGGCUGACGUGACUUAUCCUGAUUUACUGGACAAGAAGAAGAAUCACGCGCUUUGUCACAAUCUAAAUUAUCGAAACAGAAUGGCUCAGUUCGCUGGCCGUGCAUCGGUUGCACUUAAUACACAUUUAUUCUUCAGAGGUAAAAUUCAAGAUGAAGAAGGUUAUAUACUUUUUGUACGUAAGAACGCGCUACAAAUACUGAUUCCUAAAUAUGGAUUAGAAGGAACGUUGUAUUUGAACGAUAAGAAAUCAUCCGUAUCGUUCAAAUACCAUGACGAAGAUCAUUCGCAAACUUGCGGGGACAUCGUAUUUCGAACGUUCGAUCUUGUUAUAGUGCAAAUAAGUUUGGACAGAUCUAAUGUACAGCACGAGAAAUUAGUAUUUAAACUUGUUAAACCACACAUCCCAGGUUUCAGCAUUCCUUCAGGAAACACAGAAUUUUCAGACACUAUACAAGAACAAAGUACAAAAGAAUUGUCGAAACGAAAAAUAGAUGCAGCGUGUAUAGAAAAACCAUCGGAUGAUAAGGCUAAAAGCGAAGGAAGCAAAAAGAAACGAAGACGAAAGAAACGAUAAUGUGAUAUUUUGAUCUUUUGACAGAUUUUUUUUCCGUAUGUUUUUGUAUAUUGUGUGUAUUAAAUAUAAAGAAAAAUGAAGUAAGGGACCUCUGUAAAUAUUUUACUCGACAAAUAUAAAAUUUAAUUAACAUACGAAAUAAUAAAAA